CUGUUGUCGUGCUGUGAGGGUGAGUUUGUGCCGGUAGAAAUGCCUGCAUUCGCUGCCCAUUAAACUCCUCAUUUGCCGCUUGGACCUCGUUGGGUUGAUGUAGACCGGUUGCCAGCGCAUAGUCCUCGAAUUCAUCCCUGAAGUUGUACCAAUUAGUAUUCGAGACCCCUGUGAGAACCAUGGGAUUUGGUGGCGGAAUGUUCGCUGCCAUAGCGAUGGAAUAGGAGAUAUCUUUGCCUUCAGCCAUCGAGGUAACAUUAGGUAGUGAUGCUCGCUUGCCAGCUAACAACGAGUUGAUCCGUGUUGUGACUAGCAGUAGGAAACGGCGUGUGUUCGCAUAUGGAACGUAACCGCGCCAAUACUGUACUCAGCUACAGAAAUAACAGACGUGUGGUUUUCAAGACACUUCUGAUACCAUGUUUCAGUACGAUAUGUUGGAUAAAGGAAUGAAGAAUGAAGACAGACACCAAUGUCAAGUUCAAUAGCCUUGUUCAAGCGUUGUACAAAUCCCUACACACGGAGUCCAGGAAACAGUCCGUCUUGUCGAUUACCUAUCAAUUACACUCCGUAACAAUCAUCCUGGUCAUUUCUACUGCCUCUGAUCGAGCGGACUCCCUUGCUUUGUUUGGAUAUAAGGCCAGAGCUGCUUCAUCACUGCACAACUGCAACCUGCAAUUCACUUCUUCAAUCUACUGCUCCUAAAUACUUAAUCAUGAGUAUGAACUACAUGAGCACCGAGAGGAUUCUGCUGAAAGGGGACUACCUCCUCUCCAACAAUGGACAAUUUAAAGCUAUCUUUCAGACCGAUGGCAACUUUGUGCUCUACGGUUGGGGUCGGGUUGUCUGGGCAUCAAACACUGUGAACAAAGAUGCUCAGAGGCUCAUCCUCCAACAGGAUGGCAACCUGGUCAUCUACACUACACAGGACCAUCCCAUUUGGUCAAGUAACACUGGCCGUUGCAACAAUACACAAAGAGGCCACCUCACCCUCACUGACAAAGGUACCCUGGAGCUCUACAGAGACCUAGUGGUGAUCUGGACAUCGUAACAUCGACCGGCCCAACAAUGCACAAAGAGGUCACCUCACCCUCCCUGACGAAGGUGCCCUGAUGCUCUACAGUCCCAGAAAUAUGGUCUGGUGCUCUCGUGAGGACACUAAUAAUGAGGCAGAGUAACAUCUUCACUUGACCAUACCUGUCUACAUCUACCACUAAGCUGUAUUCAAAAGGCUUGAGGCUCUAACCCUUUGAUUUGGUCAAAUAAAAAUGUAUUGACUUAAA